AUGUGACAGUGUACUCUUGUCUCUAAAAUCUUUCGAUAAUUCAUUUCAUUUGCAUAAUCCUACAGCAUUUCGCUUCUAUACCUCUCUCAAAACCCUAGAAAUCGACGCUAGCUUAAAAAAUCUUCAAACUCCAAGCUCCUUUGUUUUAGCUACUAAAUUCAAACAACAUGGAAGAAGCGGGACCGAGUAACAAGGAGAAGCCUUCAAAUGGAUCAGCGCAUCUCGACUUAAACGAUGACGAAGACGAUGACGAUGAUAUGAUGGACGUGCCAUCAGUUAGGGAUUUCGAUGAACUGACUUUGAAGAACUUUACUAAACGAGCAUCAACAGCAUUUUUCAAACAUUAUGGUCUUAUAAGUCAUCAGAUUAACUCAUAUGAUGACUUCAUCAAAGUAGGAAUUCAGAAGGUUUUCGACUCGCUUGGUGAGAUUAUCGUUGAGCCAGGGUAUGAUCCCUCGAAGAAGGGUGAUGAAUGGAGGUUUGCUUCGGUUAAAUUCGGGAAGGUUACUAACGAGCGCCCUAGGUUUUGGACAGGCGAAAAGUUUUCAGCUGAUAGUGGUAAAGAUUACCUCGAGUUCUUGCCCAGACAUGCCCGUCUUCAGAAUAUGACUUACUCAUCCAGAUUGAAAGUUCACAUCUCAAAACAGGUUUAUACUCAAGAGCUUGUUAGAAGUGAUAAGUUCAAAACUGGACAAGAGAAGAUUCUGGACAAGAAAGUCAUAGAUACCGAGGAGCGAGAAGUUUAUAUUGGGAGGAUUCCGGUGAUGAUUAAUUCUGACUCGUGCUGGAUGAGUGGAGCCGACAAAGAUGACUGUGAUUAUGACCAAGGUGGCUAUUUCAUAGUCAAAGGAGCCGAGAAGACUUUCAUUGCACAAGAGCAGCUUGGGUCUGAUAGAAUCUGGGUGUCGGGCACUCCAAACUGGCGUGUGACAUACCGUUCGGUUCACAAGAGAAAAAGAGUUUACGUGAAACUGACAGACACUCCUAAUAACAUUGAAGAUAUUGUAGGUGGAGCUCAAGUGAUAAACGUAUAUACGUUAAGCUUAGAAGAUAUGCCCAUAUGGAUUCUCUUUUUCGCCCUUGGCGUAUCCUCAGAUAAAGAAGUGGUUGACCUGAUCGAUGCUGACAUCACGGAUGGAAACAUUGUCAAUAUAUUAAUCGCUUCCAUUCACGCUGCUGAUGAGACUUGUGACGGAUUCCGUAAAGGACGAAACGCCCUAGAAUUUGUUGAUAAACUUCUUAAAAAAAGCAGCUUUCCUCCUAAAGAGUCGGUUGAAGAAUGCAUCGAGAAUUACUUGUUUCCGAAUAUCAUCGGCUUUAGUAGAAAAGCUCGGUAUCUUGGGUACAUGGUGAAAUGUCUUCUAGAAGGUUACGCAGGUCAAAGAAAAGUCGACAAUAAAGACGAUUUUAGAAACAAAAGGUUGGAAUUAGCCGGUGAGUUGAUUGAGAGAGAGCUAAACAUUCAUCUUCGACACGCUGUGAAGCGAAUGGUGAAGUCGUUGCAACGGGAUCUUUAUCCAGAUCGAGUCGUACAUCCAAUCGAGCAGUAUUUUGAUUCUGCGAUUAUUACAAACGGGCUUUCGCGCGCUUUUUCAACGGGUACAUGGUCGCAUCCGUUAAAAUACAUGGAGAAGACUUCGGGCGUUGUGGCAAUGCUUCGGAGGGCAAAUCCUUUGCAAAUGAUUUCCGAUAUGAGAAGAACACGUCAGCAGGUUUUGUACGCCGGGAAAGCUGGAGAUGCAAGAUACCCACACCCGUCUCACUGGGGAAAGAUAUGUUAUCUUUCGACCCCUGACGGUGAAAAUUGCGGGUUGAUAAAGAAUCUGGCUGCGACUGCUCUCGUGUCAACCACUGUUCGGGAAGAUCUUUCAGAUGCGCUGUUAGCUUGUGGUAUGGAAAAACUGGUGGAUGAUACUUCAACGUCACUCUCCGGAAUGGACAAAAUUUUCGUGAACGGUGAUUGGGUCGGGACUUGCAAAGAUUCCGCUUCGUUUGUAGCUGAGUUCCGGAGCAAGCGUCGUAGAAAACAAGUACCUCAUCAGGUUGAAAUAAAAAGAGAUGCUAAACAUAAAGAAGUGAGGAUAUUUUGUGAUGCUGGAAGGAUCUUGCGACCACUUUUAGUUGUCAAAAACUUGCACAAAAUCAAACUUCUGAAAGGUGGAGGUUACUCGUUCCAAGAUCUUCUAGAUAACGGAGUCGUCGAACUAAUCGGAACCGAAGAGGAAGAAGAUUGCUGCACCGCAUGGGACAUCAAGUAUCUUUUUUUGGAAAAUGACGAUCAUAACCCUGGAAAAUACACACAUUGUGAACUCGACAUGUCGUUUAUGUUAGGUUUAAGCUGCGGCAUCAUCCCAUUCGCUAAUCAUGAUCAUGCCAAGAGGGUCCUUUUUCAAUCGCAAAAACACAGUCAGCAAGCGAUCGGGUACUCAAGCACAAAUCCCGAUAUCCGAGCCGACACUCUUUCACAUCAGCUGUUUUAUCCACAGAGGCCUCUUUUCAAAACCGUGCUUUCCGACUGUCUUGAAAAAAGUCAACCUUUUGGUCAAAGUCAAAAGGGUAUGAUCCCGAGACCCGAAUUCUACAACGGACAGUGUGCCAUUGUGGCGGUGAAUGUGCAUCUAGGGUACAACCAAGAGGACUCGUUGGUUAUGAACCGUGCUUGUUUAGACCGCGGGAUGUUUCGGUCGGAACAUACUAGAAGCUAUAAAGCAGAAGUGGAGAAUAAGGAAGCGUUAGGGAAGAAACCGAAGUCUGACGAUGCUAUCAACUUCGGGAAGAUACAAAGUAAGAUCGGACGGGUCGACAGUCUGGACGAUGACGGGUUUCCGUUUGUCGGUGCUAAUUUGCAGAGCGGUGAUAUAGUGAUCGGGAAAUUUACCGAAGCGGGAACGGAUCAUAGCGUGAAGUUGAAGCACACUGAAAGAGGAAUGGUUCAAAAGGUUGUACUAUCAGCAAAUGAUGAAGGAAUGAACUUUGCUGAGGUAUCUCUGAGACAGGUUCGUUCGCCGUGCCUCGGUGACAAGUUUUCGAGUAUGCACGGGCAAAAGGGUGUUUUGGGUUAUUUGGAAUCUCAAGAAAAUUUCCCGUUCACGGUACAAGGAAUAGUUCCGGAUAUUGUUAUAAACCCGCAUGCUUUCCCGUCAAGACAAACUCCUGGACAGAUGUUGGAGUCCGCACUGGCAAAGGGGAUUGCGUUAGGUGGUUCACAAAGAUACGCCACUCCGUUUUCUUCUCUCUCUGUUGAUGCCAUAACCGACCAGCUUCACAGGGCCGGGUAUUCAAGAUGGGGAAACGAGAGGCUAUACGACGGGCGGACUGGUGAAAUGGUGAAAUCUCUCGUUUUCAUAGGACCAACAUUCUACCAAAGGCUGGUCCACAUGUCUGAAGACAAAGUGAAGUUUCGAAACACGGGCCCGGUACACCCUCUCACCCGACAACCAGUGGCAGACAGGAAACGUUUCGGUGGGAUCAAAUUCGGUGAGAUGGAGCGCGACUGUCUCAUAGCCCAUGGAGCGUCGGCUAACCUUCAUGAGCGUCUUUUCACUCUCAGUGACUGCUCAGAAAUGCAUGUCUGCAGAAGGUGCAAGAGAAUGGCGAGUGUGAUCCAGAGGUCGGUCCCGGGUGGGCAUAAGAUCCGUGGGCCAUAUUGUCGGAUAUGUGACUCUAUGGAAGACGUGAUCAAGGUAAGCGUGCCGUAUGGUGCAAAGUUACUGUCUCAAGAGCUCUUUAGUAUGGGGAUCUCUCUUAAGUUUGACACUGAACUAUGCUAAGUUUAUCUAACUUAUGGUAGAAUGAUCUGAAGUAGGAACGAACGACUCUUUCUUUUGGUAAAAAACUGGUUUCACUGACUUGUACCCAUGUAGUUGUAGUUGUACAUUGCUAUGGGUUGGGCAGAACAUGGUCUUUUAUUAUGCAUCUUUUUGUGUAUC